AUGGUUAAUACAAAAUUUCUGAAGGUUGGUCUUUACAAUGCUGGGUCGCUGGGUACUAAACAUGAUGAGUUGCAGUUAGUUAUUAGUAAUAAAUUGCCGGAUAUUCUCGCAAUAAAUGAGACGUGGUUGCGGGAAGGGGAGGAGGGGCGAGCGCCGACCCUGGCUGGCUACCGACUAAGGCACAUGCCCCGACCAACUGGUCAGCGUCGGGUACGCGGUGGAGGUGUAGGAUUUUACGUAAAACGAGGCAUACACGCACGCACACUGCCACAUCCUCCUUCCCCUUCGAAAGCGGAGCAGAUGUGGCUUGCUGUCAAUAUAGAAUCUGUUCGUCUUUUAGUGGGCACUGCCUAUAGACCCGAAUGGUUCAAUGUAGAUGAGUUUUUUGAUGCACUGACGGAAUCAUUGUUCUCGUUCGGUAACUAUGAUCAUGUGAUAUUAGUGGGAGAUUUUAACAUAGAUUGUUUUGAUUCCAACAGUACAAAGUACAAACAACUUACACAAUUUUUGAAUUAUACAAAUCUCUCAAAUUAUGUCAAUAUGCCAACACACUUCACGUCAUCUAGCGCUACUUUGAUAGAUUUGGUUUGUUCAGAUGCUCCAAUCCUACAGGUAAAUGUAGAUCAUCGUCCGGAACUCGGUGGCCAUGCAAUUGUUAUGACUGAAUUUAAAAUAAAACGACCCAAAAUUAACCCUAAAUUAAUUUCGUACCGACCAAUUAAACAUAUAGAUUUGAAACUGUUCGACGCUGAUCUUGAGGAGACAGGCUGGGAUGGUAUAGUUGGAAUGAGUGAUGUAAAUGAAAUGGUAGCACUAUUCAACACUUUAAUUUUAAAUUUAAUGAAUAAGCAUGCCCCAGUGAAGCAGGUUGUAAUUAGGGACAAGCAACAGCCGUGGUUUACUGAUAAUGUCCGUCAUAUUAUGAGACUCAGAGAUAAAGCUCAGCGUCAGUACCGUAAGACAAAUAGGGAUACACACAAAACUCAAUACAAAGUGAUGAAACACCUUGCUAACACCAGUCUUUACCACGAAAAAACUGCUUUCUUUGGCCAGCAAAUUAACUCCAAUUUAAACAAUCCCAAGUUGCUUUGGAAACGAUUGAGGAAUACAGUUGUCCCUUUCAAAAAUGAGCCUGAACUUCCUGUGUUUUUGCGUGAUCCUGAUGCUAUGAAUGAAGCUUUUCUCGAUAUCCCGGAUGACAAUGGUGCAUGUAUUGGAUAG